CAGGGAACGGAGUCCCUGCAUACCUCCUUAACUUCCCCCAUGGCGACUGCAUGGGACGCUUACGCCAGAGAGCUCGUUGGCAUGGGUUACGGGUUUCCACUGUGGGACCCAGAGCCGGAGCGGCACGGUGAGGUCCACAUCGGCGACGUUGGCUUCCUUGUGAAAGGGCGCUUCCACCGACUGUUCAACCCAACGCUUCCCGCGGAGCAUGAGGUGAACCAGGUCUGGGGUGUCCCCGACGUCUUCGAGGAGCUUAGGAUCCCGAGUAGCCUGUACAGCUACAAAACGACGGCGAUCUCAGCGGACACGGUCUGCAGCAAGAGCUUCGUGAAGCUCGAUAUCAAUGCGAAUAUCAAUGCCAAGUCUACGGUCAACUUGGGCUUACGCUUCCGAUGUACGAAUGAGCAAGGUGCCGUCCUUGUAUUACCCACAAAGAAGGCUAUCGGCGAGCAGCUGUUACCGAAUUCGCUCAUCCCGAAGUAUAUGGGUCGUAACCAUGCGUACUGGUAUGAGUUCGCAACGGAGAGGGCGCAGCUUGACCUGAAGCAAGAGGACAUCAUCCUCAUCAGUGGCUGGAUCAAGACGGCUCGAUGGGCCGUCGCUGCAUUCGUCGAGGGCGGUCGUGAGGUAGAGCUAUCCUUCGGCGCCGGGCAGGCAUCCCUGGCCGACGCCUCGUUCUCGGUCACGACCACCCAAGGCGUCUCGAGGUCAUGGCACCAGCAUUCUGGACCCGACACGGACGAGGAGACUACUGCAGGCUCGUCUUCGGUAUCCCGUUCAGUCCAGGAUCAGUGCGUGUUCCUGCACUUUUACAAGAGCAAGCGUCGUCUGGGAGGGAUCUUGCCCAAGCUGUUGCCCAUGAAAAUUGCCGCGGCAGGUGAAGAUGGUGCUCGGAGGUGGCCAAGUGGUGGAAACUGGGACCCACCAGAAGACGACGAUGGGGCUUCAAUGAUACUUGCGGACAGCGUCAGUAUCGACGAGGUACCCCAAAGAACAGAGAAUUACGAUCCUUUGGAACCCAUCUUGGGCCACAUAGUGCAGACUUCCAAUGCGUCAGUAGCAGUGGCAAGUACGAUGGAUCUACCGACGGUUACGGGCGAUGAAUUCUCUGGGUAUGUGCAAGAAUGGCUCAAUAGCAAUCACCCACGAGUAUAUGUCGCGGGAGCUGACGGUUGGCAAGUGGGUUCGUUACACAAUCUGGACGACGAAAUUGCUCCUUCAAUCAACGAUGCUGCUGUUAUUGAUGAUAUUCUACUCGCGAACAUAAUACGUGAGGGUGCCUCCUCGUCAGUGAUUAACCUGAGACCAGAAUUCGCACGAAAGCAACAUAGCCCUGAAUCGCCCGAGGAAUCCUCUUCGGCCAAUGCCAAUGAUGUAUCUACCUAUCAGCUUAGCAAAUCCUCCAGAAAGGGCGGCUGCUGGACAUGUCGAAUGCGCAAAACGAAAUGCGAUGAGCAGCAGGAAACCGAAGGCGGACCGUGCCAGACUUGCCGACGCCUUGGAGUCGAAUGUCUGGGAUGGGGUGUCAAACGGCCCGACUGGGCAUCUGACAAGAACAGGGUGACUGCCUACAGAGCACAGUUGGGCCAGACCUUGAGAAAAACUCACACAGAAUCCCGCGUGCUGAGCCCCAAAGGGGCCUCGCCGACACCACCACCAUCGGUCGCCGCUGCAGCCAGCAUCGCAGGCUCGUCGACCGUCACAGAGCAAUCGACAGGAGAGCGAGGGGAAGACGUGCAAGGAUGGUAACUAGCUAUAGCUUGUGGACACAUUGCGCAUGUGCCGCAUUGUAUGCUAUGCUGCUUGUUGCAGCAGACGAUUGUUCGUGCGCGCGUUACAUCUGUCGGUGCGCUAUCGGCCGGUGGCUUAAUGAAAGCUCCUCCAGUUGCAAGCAACGAAACCCCAGAUGUCC